AUGGCUCUGCAACUCUACAUUCCGAAUUGUAUAUCUAAGCCAGCUCAUCAUCUACAUUUCCCCCCUCUCAAAAAGCCUUUAAGAAUUCAAAUUGAGGGACCUACAGUAGCGAUCGAAAGGAUAUUACCGGAUACAUCCUGGCCUACAAGCACUCAAGUCAAUGUUUUCCCACAGCCAGCAGGCCUUCAACUUGCCAACUUGGCCUUUCACGUCAUCUAUGGGAAACAACCAGAGGUCGAUGACCUGGUGAUACGGGAUGAAUACCUAGGAUGGAUUCAGCAACAACCAUUAUGCGGUAUUGACUACUAUGGUGUGACGUUUGAUCACCAUAUCCCUAGCGGAGACCUAGAUCCUGAAGUACUACAGAUCAAUAUCAUCGAGAUUGAAAACGAUACAGGAUGGUAUGCGAAAGAGUGGCUGCCUUUCGAAGUCGACCCUAGCGCCUUCAUCAAGCAGAAAGUCUUAGCUGUACCAAGAUGA